AAAAAUUCAAUUAGAGGCUGAUGUGAAAGUAAUAAAACCAUUAGUUAGUGUUCAAUUACUACUGUAAAAUAAACUUCUUCCUGCUGUAUAUUUGUGAUUGUGAAUACAAGCGGGAAAAGAAGAGAAAGAGACAGUCUGACUAGUAGGGUCAUUAUUAAAAAAGAACAUAGAUAUAGAUUUCUCCGCCUUUGUUGGAGGAGACAACUGUCCUUCGAUCCGCUUAACAAACGUUAAACCAAAAAUUAGUACCCCCCAAACUAAUCUUCUUGUGUGUUUUUGUCUGCAUAAUAUGGGUUUUGUCUAUAUAAUUACGCAUUUCAGCUCGAUCUAUUCCGUACCCAUUUUUUAAUUUUACUCUUCACUUUCCAUUCUUGGAACUCUCUGGAAUCCGUGAAUAGCAAGAUCUCUCCCAAAAAUGGCUUUGCUGAUCCCACAACCCACCUCUGUAGCUGCUGCUUCUUCCUCCACCGACUCCUCUGUCCAUCUCCGCAGAACACUGCCAGUAACCUUCAGAGUUUCUGGUUCCCAAUUGAGAUUCUUGGAUAACAAGCCGAUCCUUUUGAAAUCAUUGGACUCUUUCAAGUAAGUUGUUUUCAACUUUUUGGGUUCUUCCUACCUCUGUUCAGACUGCACGUGUAGUUCAUAUUUAGGUCUUUCUUUGAAUGAUUGAUGGAAGUAAUGACCAUUUUAAAGUAUCACGAUUCUGCUGUUAUGACCCAUUGCAUAUUAGAUUGUUUUAGGGGUCAAUUGAAUACUGACUUUCUCUUUUUUCAACUUCCAGAGGUCAUUUAUUCAGUAUGGCUAUUUAUUAAGUUUCUUUUCUCUUUUGUACAUUGAACAAUUAGUUUUUUAUAUUAGUCCCGUUUAAGACGUUGUAUUGAUCUGCCUUGGCCUUUUGAUUUGGGUUCACUUUUCCAAAUUCACAAUGAGAAAAGGAGUCAUUUUGCCUCAUUUUUUUCCCCGUUUGAGCUGUUUUCACUGCUAUUAUGGUUUUAUGGGUCUGUCUUCAUUUCUCAAUAUCAGAUCCUGCAAGUGGUAAUUUGAAGUAGAUUGAAAUUGUGAGAUACAUUCUAAUUUUUUCGCCUUCCUGAUUGUUAUAUCGUAAAAAGCCUAAUGUUUAAGAUUAAAGCUAAACAUGCCAAGGUUGAAAAUGAUAAAAUGAUGUGAAUUUAUUUUAUUUCGGUGUGGAUGAUGCGGCAGCUAUCUAGUGGACUUGUUAAAACGUGUCCCUUUUUACCCUCUCAUUCUCACAGGAACACUUCAGCUUCAUCGAGGGCCGUGAAGGAAUCUCAGAACCUGGUUGUGGAGACCUCUAACAAGCAAAGGAACACUCAAGUUGUGGAAAAUGAACUCGAUCCCUUUAGUGAGAUGAAGCAACGCUUUCUGAGUUUUAAAAAGGAACAAUACCUGGAGAAUAUGGAAUAUUUUGAGAAUCUUGCCAAGGAACAAAAACCGAAGUUCAUGGUGAUUGCUUGUGCAGAUUCAAGAGUUUGUCCGUCGAGCAUCCUGGGAUUUCAACCAGGUGAAGCAUUUGUGGUUCGGAACAUAGCCAAUCUUGUUCCCCCAUAUCAGAAUGGACCCACAGAAGCAAAUGCUGCCCUUGAGUUCGCUGUUAAUUUUCUUGAAGUUCAGAACAUACUAGUUGUUGGUCACAGCUGUUGUGGAGGCAUUAAAGCCCUGAUGAGCAUGACAGAUGAUGACUUAACUUCUAGUAACUUCAUACCAAAUUGGGUUCGUAAUGGAAAGCCUGCGAGGAUAAGAACACAGGCUAAUGCUUCAAGCCUCGAUUUUGAUCAGCAGUGCCAGCAUUGUGAAAAGGUGUCAAUCAACCAGUCAUUGCUGAACCUUCUAAGCUAUCCAUGGAUAGAAGAAAAAGUGGCCAAGAGGAGGAUCUCAAUUCAUGGCGGCUACUAUAAUUUUGUGGACUGUACAUUUGAGAAAUGGACCCUGGAUUACAAGGGAAGUGAGUCUAAAUCAGAUGGUGAAUAUUCUAUUAAAAACCGCGAAUUUUGGUGCUGA